AUUAGUCGUAUUCUACUAGUGCAUCACUUCUUUCUUCUACCAACUUAACUAUGAGGAAGGAUGAAAACAAGAUUCAGAGCUAGGCAUAAAAGAGGAUACAAUUUUAAAAAAUGAAGUUGCUCAGACAAGUAUUGUGAUGCUUGCAAGCCUGUCAAAUGUCAAUUAUGUCAUUCUGUAUAAGAUUUACUUAUCUGAUGUGUAGAUAACGUAUGUGGUGUAUAAAGGCUGAAUCAUUUUGCAGGCCUUUGGUUCUUCAAAUUAACCUGCAAGCAAUCAAUCUCUAAAACCUUAUGUGAUGUUGGUGACACCUUGCUGAAAAGGCAAGGGGCCAAGCACAACAAUCAUCUCAAAAACCGUGGAGACCUUUUGGAUUUUUAUAAGAUCCAUACAUCAAUUCAGGAAUGCAAAACAUGGAUUGGAGUUCUAUUAGGUGUUAUGGUUUCGAUAGGGUUUAAUUGCUGUACUUGUAAGCCGUCCAUUGGCCUUGAAACACCUAACAAAUGCUCAUUGAACGAGCAAAAAGCAAUUAGAAAGGCACUGUCAUCAAGAGAAAUUAAGAAUGAUUCUGGUUUUAAUCUCUUGGAGGUGCUCAAUUUCAGUCAGCUGGGAGAAUGAGAGGAUGUUGAUCAGUCUAUUAUACCUUGAGUAGGUAAAUUGCUUCUAAGUUCAAUUUGUUUCAAAGAAUGACAGCUGAUGCAAAGUUGCUCAUGUACUUCCAAUUUGUAGGUCACUUUCUGUUGAGUUGUCAUCGACUAAGCUGUACCACAGACUCUAGGAACAUCUCAACCCAUAGUGACUCUAACUCCUUGAAGCAGGGAAUUCAAGAUGAAAACAGAGAGAGUCAACCAUGACAACCAGUAGCUAACCAUGGAGAUCAAUGGUAUAGUAUUGGAGACCCAGUGGCGGCAAACGUGGUUUGCUCAAUAUGUUUUUUGUCUUGCAAUGGUGAUGAAGAGAUUUGAACCCACUUUCCAACAUAGGUCGCAUCUCUCCUGAUAAUUCAGCCAACACCAGCAGUGUCAUUUUUGCUAGCAGCCCAGGGAUGACAUGGCAAGUCUCCGAAGUGAAGAAAUUUCAUCCAAGAUCAAUCAAUGCAAAGUGGAAGAUGCAUAAAUCUUUAAGGCAAUCAAGUGCCAUAUUCUGUCAAAUUAGUCGCUAACCAACAGACAUGAAAUGUGGAGGGCCAAGUUAAACUUGCUAAUGCUGUCUUGAAUUUUGAUUGCAAUAAUGGAUGCAAUUUGCUAUUGAGUACAAAAGAGCGUUGUGAGAUAGGGUGUAUUGGGAAGCUUCUAUCGAAGCUAUGGACGAGAUUUUAGCAAUUGUAUCCAUUUCUUUACGUAGUAGAAUUUCUACUUGGCUCUUCCAGCAAAAUUUUGUGGUUGUUCUUUUAUCGUUCUUUCAUCAUAUUGUAGAAAAAUAGUUAGAGAACGUGAAAAUUGCACCAAAUUGGAAUUAAUGCAUUUACUUCAC